UUUUUCACGCUCUUGAAAAAAACUUCUGUAAAACUUUAAAAAUUUUUUGUUCGUAUCGUCGUCCUAACGCUCCUAACUCGCUGGUGGAUACCUACCGUCCUAUCGUUCUGCCUGCUUCUGGAAUGAUAAAAAAUGCAUUUCUCCAUUCCGGACACCACCGACAUCAUCGAUUCAAGAAAUAAUAAUUACACGUUGUACAACAUACAGAUUAAUGGUGUGUACCACUGUUCACUGAGAUACUCACAACUGCACAAUUUCAAUGCCAACUUGAAGAAAGAAUUUGAUUCCAAUAUUUUGCCUCCAUUCCCUCCAAAAAGACUUUUUUCAUUAUCUACUUCACAGAUUGAAGAAAGAAGAUUGGAACUUGAACGAUACAUUCAACAGAUUAGCCAAUGUCCUCAAAUAUUAUCCAGCGAGACAUUCACUGAUUUCUUCCUGAAUGCUCAAAAGGAGAGUUUGCAAGAGAAAGAUGAAGAUGUCAAUUUGGACAUUUAUUCUCCCAGUGGUAAGAAGGUGGUUGUAGCUGUGCGUUCACUUGACAAAACUUUGUUGGUCUACCAGGCAGCUGCUGCUAAGAUGAGCUUACCCGAGAAGUCACAGCCAUAUUUUGCAUUGUACCUUAUCUUGAAAAGCUCUCCAAACAGCUUUGCAGUUAUACGAAAGAUGCAGGGAUUUGAAUCUCCAUACAUAUCUAUGAAAGCCACGUUGAACUUGCAAGGCCGCUACUUUCUAUGCAUCAGGAAGGCAUACUGGGACCCAUGUUAUGAUGAAGAUCUUCUUGAUGACAGGAUCUCAUUGAAUCUCCUCUACACUCAAGCUCAGUGCGAUAAAGAAAAUGGCUGGCUGGAACUAAAUGAUGAACAGUCUCAAAGAUUAGCCUACUUUGAUAAACAGGGCUCCAAAAAAGAAUUCUUGAAGUACGCACGUAACUUGAAGUACUACAACCACAUGUUCACUAAUCUCUGCAUGUCCGACUACCCUCGACCCUGCACUCCUGUCGUCGUCGCCAUCGGCCCCAAGGAGAUCCUUCUGAAACUACAAACUGAGAGUGGAAUCAAAGAAGUGGAAUUAAAGGUGACAAGGAUCAGAUGUUGGAGGAUUGCUUCUGUGGUUAGCGUGUUUCUCAUUAUUCGUACAAGUAUCAACAUUAGACCACUUGGACCAAAAACCUUAGAACUGUCCCUUGAGUACCUCAUAUCUAAGAACACAUUAAAGUGGAUCUCCAUCUACAGCCCACAGGCUAUCUUCAUAAGCAUGUGCCUGCAGAGCGUGGUUGAUGAACUGAUCAUGAAGAAAAAUGGAGAGCAUAUAAAUAAAAGUCUGAACAAACUGUUAAAAAAGUCAAUCUCUAAGGAGAAGUCUCCACCGAUCGAAUCUACAUUUUUAAACCCGGAGCUCUAUUUUACUGGAAAUUCUGCAUUUGAUGAUAUAAGAGAUGAUGAUUUAUAAAACAAUAUGUAUAAUCGGUUAAAUUCAUUGAAUAUCUUAUUAUCUUAUUUAUUUGUAUAUUUAUUUUUUACUAUCUUCUUCAAUUAUAUUAUUGUCAUUGAUUCUCCUCGUUUAUUGACUAAAAACAUUAUUAAACUCUUCACGUCUGCAGACUACCUUGUAUAGCAUUUCAUGGUGCAUAGAAUUUAAUGCGUCGAUCGUACGAACGCUGGUUCUGUAGAUGGUUAUAUAUAUAUUAUAUAUAUAUAUACAAAUAUAUAUAUCUAUUUUAUUAUACUUACAUGUGUCUAAUGUCCGUUCCUUAUAAUAUCGUUUGCAGUGAUUUCGUCCUUAAUUUUUAAUUGCGUGGAUUCAUCGUAACAUUGAAUUCCAUUUUAAGCUUACUAUAAAAAUCAGGGAUAUUUAUGUGGUCUGUGAAUGUACGUGUGUGUGCGUAAUAUUAUCUUGUGCGUGUGCGUGAUAUAAUCUUCUGUGCGUGUGAGUGUGUGAUAUGACCGUGUGAAGAUGUGUGAUUGGCGUGUCAUGUUUAUAGAAAAUUAUUUUGGUAUGUGUUUAUUUACAUUUUAAAUGAACUUUCUCAAAACUUUUUCGCCAAACUCAAUUUAACUAAUUUUGUUUAUUAUUUAAAAAUUAACAAA